AUGGUAUAUCUUGAUCAGCCUACCUUCAGAGAAUAUCCUAAUUGGAAUUUUGAGUUUUCUGCUGCCGUGACAAAGAAUUACCAGCACGUCUUGGCCUUGGCAUUUGCUGUAAGUGAGAUAAAUGAAAAUCCCCAAAUCUUGCCAAAUGUCUCCUUGGGGUUCCUCAUCUUUAACAGUUACUUCAAUGUGAAGAAAUUGUAUCAGAUUGCAAUGGAUUUUUAUUCCACACGGCAUAGACUUGUCCCCAACUAUAAGUGUAAUAUUCAGAAUGACCCAAUAGCAGUUAUCUCUGAAAAAUAUCAACAUUUGGCUGACAUUGUGAACCUCUACAAGUUGCCACAGUGGAUGUGGGUGGGUCUAAUGAGCUUUUUUGAUGAUAGUGGAGAUAUUUUUCUGAAGAAUGUGCAACCAAUACUUUCUCAGAAUGGAAUCUGUUCUGCAUUCACUAAGAGAAUUACAGGAAUAGCUUAUUUUGGUGACUUUGAGUAUUUACAACGAACUUGGAUGAAUAUAUUUGAAUAUGUUAUGGAAACUAAAGUGAACGCUAUCGUUGUCCAUGGAGAUACCAAGACCAUGUUGUGUUUGAUAGGGCUGGUUCAUCUAGGAGAAAUGUACUAUGGAAAACUAUUUGGUAAGCUUCAUGCAAUGUUGAAGAAAAUGACAUUUAACAACACAGCUGGAGAAACAGUGCAUUUGAAUGAGAAUGGAGAAUUUACAGUGGGAUUUGAUAUUACAAAUAUGAUCACUUUCCCAAAUAACUCCUUUGCAAGAGUGAAAGUUGGAAUGAUGAAUCCUUGGGCUCUGGAAGGCAAAGAUUUCAGUAUUCAUGAAGUGACCAUUACAUGGCCUAGAAGCUUUAAUCAGGUGAUCCCCAUUUCUCUGUGUAAUGAAAACUGUCAACCCAGUUAUCAGAAGAGAAAGAAAGAAGGGAAGCCUUUUUGCUGCUAUGACUGUGUUCCAUGCCCCCAAGGAAAGAUUUCUCAGCAGACAGAUGCAGAUUCCUGUUUCACAUGUCAAGAAGAUCACUAUCCAAACAAGGAACAAAAUGGAUGUGUUCCCAGGCUUAUAACAUACUUGUCUUCAGACGAACCCUUGGGCAUGACUUUAGUCACUUUUGCACUUUCCUUUUCUUUGAUCACAGCUCUGCUACUCACAACCAUUUUGAAGCACCACAACACUCCCAUUGUCAAAGCCAACAACAGGGACCUCACCUAUGUUCUCCUCAGCUCUCUUCUGCUUUGCUUCCUUUGUGCAUUGCUGUUCAUCGGCCGACCCAAGAAGCUAAUGUGUCUCUUCCGUCAGGUUGCAUUUGGCCAGAUAUUUUCAGUGGCUGUGUCUUGUGUGCUAGCAAAAACCAUUACAGUGGUUCUGGCCUUCAUGGCCACGAAGCCAGGAAGCAGCAUGAGAAGAUGGGUGGGGAAAAGCGUGACCAACUCCAUUGUUCUCAUCUGCUCCCUUAUUCAAGCAGGCAUUUGUACUGUGUGGCUAUUGACCUCUCCCCCUUUCACAGAUGUUGACAUGACAUCAGUGGCUGAAGAAAUUGUACUUGAAUGUAACGAGGGGUCUGUGAUUAUGUUUUAUUGUGUCUUGGGUUAUAUGGGCUCCCUGGCUUUUUUGAGCUUCACUGUGGCUUUUCAGGCCAGGAAGUUACCCGACAGUUUUAAUGAAGCCAAGUCUAUCACCUUCAGCAUGCUGGUGUUCUGUAGUGUUUGGUUAUCCUUCAUCCCAACCUACCUGAGCACCAAGGGAAAAUACAUGGUGGCUGUGGAAAUCUUUUCUAUUUUGGCCUCCGCUGCUGGGUUGGUAGCCUUCAUCUUCUUCCCCAAAUGCUACAUUAUUAUGAUAAGGCCAGAACUAAACAAAAAAGAGCAUCUUAUCAAGAGAAACAGUUAG